GAGUACGGGAUUUUAAGCAGCGGCGGAGAGUAUCGGCAAAUUCAUGGGGAAUCCCAAGCAGAAGUGGACCUCCGAAGAAGAAGAAGCACUCCGGGCGGGCGUGGCGAAACACGGCGCCGGGAAAUGGAAGAACAUACAGAGAGACCCUGAGUUCAAUCAUCUCCUCUUUGCUCGCUCCAACAUUGAUCUCAAGGAUAAAUGGCGGAAUUUGAGUGUUGCCAAUGGUCAAGGAUCACGAGAAAAAUCAAAGACGCCUAAAGCAAAGGGCAAUCCUGCUGAGUCUCCUGCUACUCCCUUGCCCAAUGUACAGACCCCUGCUUCUGCCACGCCACUGUCACAGGAUGCUUCAAUGGAUGUGAUUAUGUUAGAUUCUUCAAAACCCUUUCCUGAAGGAAAUAAUGCUUCAAAGUACAAUUCAAUGAUAUAUGAAGCACUCUCAACUUUGAAAGAACCAAAUGGAUCAGAUUCCAGUGCACUUGCUAAUUUUAUAGAGCAAAGACAUGAGGUACCCCAAAAUUUCAAAAAGCUAUUGAGUUCAAGACUAAGAAGGCUUGUGCAACAAGACAAACUUGAAAAGAUUCAGAAUUGCUACAGGAUCAAACGAGAUUCCUUGGCUGACACAAAAACCCUUACCACAGUACAGAAAGACUUCUGGCCUCAGAGUCGGAGCAUUGGGUAUCUGGGCGAUACGGUGGAAGAAGCAGCAGUGGAGGCCGCCUAUAAAAUUGCAGAAGCAGAAAACAAAUCUUUUGUGGCGGCCGAAGCUGUCAAAGAGGCAGAAAGGGUCUCAGGGAUGGCUGAAGACAUGAAUUCUCUGCUGCAAUUUGCACUGGAUGUGUUCGAGCAAAGUUUAAGUGGUGAAAUUCUCCUGAUGGCAUAAGAUCUCGGCUUGUGUACCCUGGAUUCCUUCAGAAAUUUGUAAAUAAGUUACCAUCUGGUUUUGUUUGUUACAAUUACAGUAAAUUUAAUCUGGUGUUACAUCAAUUAUAUUAUAAUACUAGUUGAAUGGAUCUUGUUAAAAGAUUCUAUUAUAAUGAACUAGAUUUUAAAGUAUAUGUCUUUCUUAA